GCAGACAAAUUUUUUUUUCGCAACGAGCAAACCGACUUGUGAUUAGAAUUCCAAUUGGAUAAAAAAUAUCUUUGAAAACUUAGUUAACUGUGUUAAAGUAUGGGAGACUCCUUGGAGAAUACCGACACGUCGGUGGACCCGGGUGUAAAUGUGUCCAUAGCAAACUAUGAUGCAUUUGCCAAUUAUUUACGCAAAGCGGUAACAAUUUUGUUGCCAGAAGAGGAUGUGGUGCCACCUUCUUUAAAUCGGGCACUGGACGAUCCUAUCAACCAGGAAACUAUACGAAAGUUCCUGUCAGACCCCCAGGUGCAGGCGUUGUAUGUGCAGCGCAACUGCAUUAAAGAGGAUGAUACGGAACAGCCUGCUGAGGGUGAAGAGGAAAAGGAGGAGGUGUCCUAUCAGAUCAGCAAUGAUGUCCAUUUUACCAACAGCCGUAUGGCUUCUUUGGCCUGUAUAAAGCGGGGUGUUGUGGUUGAGGCAGAUAAAUCCAUUCAUUCCCAGCUGCGUUUGAUCAACUUUUCCGAUGGAUCCCCCUAUGAGACCUUGCACGCCUUCAUUAGCAAGUCCUUGGCUCCUUAUUUCAAGUCCUAUGUCAAGGAAUCAGGCCGUGCUGAUCGGGAUGGCGAUAAGAUGGCUCCAUCGGUGGAGAAGAAGCUGGCGGAAUUGGAGAUGGGACUAUUGCAUUUGCAGCAAAAUAUCGACAUACCUGAAAUUACUUUAUCGGCCCAUCAAACUGUCAAUAUGGUGAUCCGUAAAUGUUCCGAAGAAGGACGCAAGGCAAAAGUGGUAGAUUUUGGUGACAAGGUGGAGGACUCUUCCUUCCUCAAUCAGCUGCAGAAUGGUGUCAAUCGCUGGAUAACCGAGAUUAAGAAGGUCACCAAGCUCAAUCGUGAUCCGGGCUCUGGGACAGCUCUACAGGAAAUCUCUUUCUGGUUGAAUCUCGAGCGCGCCCUAUACCGCAUUCAAGAGAAGCGGGAGUCCCCUGAGGUAGCUUUGACUUUGGAUAUCCUAAAGCACGGCAAGCGCUUCCAUGCUACUGUCUCCUUCGAUACGGAUACGGGCCUUAAACAAGCCUUGGCCACGGUCGCCGAUUAUAAUCCCCUGAUGAAAGAUUUUCCAAUUAAUGAUUUACUCUCUGCCACAGAGCUAGAGAAGAUACGUCCUGCAGUGCAGCAAAUUUUUUCCCAUUUGCGGAAAGUCCGCAAUACCAAGUACCCUAUCCAGCGUUGCCUCAAGCUUAUCGAGGCUAUUUCAAGAGAUUUAUCACAGCAGUUGCUCAAAGUGUUGGGCACUAGGCGCCUCAUGCACAUUCCAUUCGAUGAAUUUGAGCGUGUGAUGAACCAAUGCUUUGAGAUCUUUAGCUGCUGGGAUGAUGAGUACGAUAAGCUCCAGGGUCUGCUUCGUGAUAUUGUGAAGAAGAAGCGGGAUGAGCAUUUAAAAAUGGUAUGGCGCGUCUCGCCAGCUCAUAAAAAGCUGCAACUACGCAUGGAACACAUGCGUAAAUUCCGACGCCAGCAUGAGCAAUUGCGCACAGUGAUCCUUCGUGUGCUGCGUCCAACCAAAACCGGAGGACAAGCAGCCGUUGACGAAGGUAACGGAGCUACUGAAACAAAGCAGCCUUAUAGCCUGGAUGCGGCUGAUGCAAACGCCAUUGAGGAAGUCAAUUUGGCCUAUGAAAAUGUUAAGGAAGUUGAUUGCUUGGACAUCACCAAGGAGGGCUCCGAAGCUUGGGAGGCUGCCGUAAAACGUUACGAGGAGAAAAUCGAUCGCGUGGAGACUCGCAUUACUGCUCAUUUGCGUGACCAAUUGGGCACAGCUAAGAAUGCAAAUGAGAUGUUCAGAAUCUUCUCACGCUUCAACGCCCUAUUCGUUCGUCCUCAUAUUCGAGGCGCUAUAAGGGAGUACCAAACACAGUUGAUCCAGCGCGUCAAGGAUGACAUUGAGGCCUUGCACGAGAAGUUCAAAGUGCAAUAUCCCCAAAGCAAAAGUUGUCGUCUCUCUUCAGUUCGUGAUCUGCCCCCAGUUGCAGGUUCCAUCAUUUGGGCACGCCAAAUUGAUAAUCAACUCACCAUGUAUCUCAAACGCGUCGAAGAUGUGUUGGGCAAAGGAUGGGAAACGCACAUCGAGGGCCAGAAGCUUAAAGCCGAUGGCGAUAGCUUCCGAGCUAAAUUGUCCAUCUCAGAUGUCUUUCAUGAAUGGGCACGUAAGGUCCAGGAGCGAAAUUUCGGCAGCACUGGGCGUAUUUUCACCAUUGAGUCGACUCGCAGCCGUACAGGUCGAGGCAAUGUGUUGCGAUUGCGGGUCAACUUUUUGCCCGAGAUCAUCACUUUGGCCAAAGAAGUGCGAAAUAUUAAGAAUUUGGGAUUCAGAGUUCCCUUAACCAUCGUUAAUAAGGCCCAUCAAGCAAAUCAGAUAUACCCGUAUGCCAUAUCCCUAAUUGAAAGUGUUCGCACCUAUGAACGCACAUUGGAAAAGCUUAAUAAUAGGAGUCUAGCACAAAACUCUGUUUUCAAGAUUGAAGAUCGUGCCAGCAUUGUCCCUCUGGUAGCUGGUCUACGUAAAGAUGUCUUGAAUUUGGUGUCUGAAGGUAUUGGUUUGAUCUGGGAGUCCUACAAAUUGGAUCCCUAUGUUUUACGUUUGUCGGAGUGUGUAACACAGUUCCAGGAGAAGGUGGAUGACUUGCUGGUGGUUGAAGAGCAACUAGAUGUAGAUGUUCGAUCGUUGGAAACUUGUCCUUAUAGCGCAGCCACAUUUGUGGAGAUUCUUUCAAAGAUUCAACAUGCUGUCGACGAUCUUUCGUUGCGUCAAUACUCAAAUCUAAGUGUGUGGGUUACCCGUCUUGAUGAGGAAGUGGAGAAAAAGCUGGCCCUACGCCUACAGGCUGGCAUACAAGCCUGGACAGAGGCCUUGACUGGCAAUAAGAAGGAGGUGGACACCUCAAUGGACACUGAUGCACCAGUGCAGCCAACUCAUAAAUUGGGAGGCGAACCGCAGAUUCAAAAUGCUGUACAUGAGAUUCGCAUUACAAAUCAGCAAAUGUAUUUGUAUCCAUCCAUUGAGGAGGCCCGCUUCCAGAUUAUGCAGCAAUUUUUUGCCUGGCAGGCCAUAGUCACUUCCCAGGUACGUCUGCAGAGCACUCGAUAUCAGGUGGGUCUUGAGAAACCAGUGUCUCAGACUUAUCGCAAUCUGCUAACCAAAUUGCCCGAGGGCAAGAGUCUGGAGAAUGCCUACGAGGCCAUUGAGCUGAAAGUUGGCGAAGUGCGCAACUACGUCGAUGAAUGGCUGCGCUAUCAAAGUCUAUGGGAUCUGCAGGCUGACACUCUGUACGGACGCUUGGGGGAGGAUGUGAAUUUGUGGAUCAAAUGCCUGAAUGACAUUAAACAAUCCAGAACCACAUUUGACACUUCCGAUACUCGUCGAGCCUAUGGACCCAUAAUAAUCGAUUAUGCAAAGGUCCAAGCAAAGGUCACCCUGAAAUAUGAUUCUUGGCACAAGGAAGCUUUGGGCAAAUUUGGUAGUCUCCUGGGAACGGAAAUGACCACUUUCCAUUCAAAGGUAUCGAAGUCCCGCACAGAUUUGGAAAUGCAGAGCAUUGAGGCAGCGAGCACUUCGGAUGCCGUUAGCUUCAUCACCUAUGUACAGUCUCUGAAGAAGGAUAUGAUAGCCUGGGACAAGCAGGUGGAAGUGUUCCGUGAGGCACAACGUAUAUUGGAGCGCCAGCGUUUCCAGUUUCCAAACAAUUGGCUGCAUGUGGACAACAUCGAGGGCGAAUGGUCAGCGUUUAAUGAAAUCAUUAAACGCAAGGAUACAGCCAUACAAACGCAAGUGGCGUCGCUUCAAGCCAAAAUUGUGGCUGAAGACAAGGCCGUGGAGACGCGCACUGUGGACUUCCUCAAUGAUUGGGAGAAGACCAAGCCAACGGGUGGAAAAAUCAGGCCCGAUGAUGCGUUACAGCAAUUGCAGAUAUUCGAGAGCAAGUAUUCCCGUUUGAAGGAAGAGCGUGACAAUGUAGCCAAGGCCAAAGAGGCCUUGGAAUUGCAAGAAUCAGCUGUGCCCAACAACAGUUCUGAGCGUAUGAAUGUGGCUCUGGAGGAGCUCCAAGACCUGCGUGGCGUGUGGAGUGAGUUGUCCAAGGUCUGGACCCAAAUCGAUGAAACACGCGAGAAACCUUGGCUCUCAGUGCAACCAAGGAAAUUGCGUCAACAACUGGAGGCCAUGAUGACUCAGCUAAAGGAGCUUCCCGCUCGCCUGCGCAUGUACGAGUCCUAUGAGUAUGUGAAGAAGCUGAUCCAAAGCUACAUCAAAGUUAACAUGCUGAUUGUGGAACUCAAAUCGGAUGCGCUAAAGGAGCGUCAUUGGAAACAAUUGACCAAACAAUUGCGAGUCAACUGGGUGAUAUCUGACUUGACACUUGGCCAAGUGUGGGAUGUCAAUCUGCAAAAGAACGAAGGCGUUGUGAAGGAUAUCAUACUGGUGGCCCAAGGUGAAAUGGCUUUGGAGGAGUUCUUAAAGCAAGUGCGUGAAUCCUGGCAGAACUAUGAACUGGAUUUGAUCAACUAUCAAAACAAAUGCCGCAUUAUCCGAGGAUGGGAUGAUCUCUUCAACAAGGUCAAGGAGCAUAUCAAUUCUGUGGCUGCCAUGAAGCUAUCUCCCUAUUACAAAGUAUUUGAAGAGGAGGCCCUGACCUGGGAGGAGAAACUAAACAGAAUUAAUGCCUUGUUCGAUGUUUGGAUUGAUGUGCAACGCAGAUGGGUCUAUUUGGAGGGCAUAUUCUCGGGAAGUGCUGAUAUAAAAACUCUCCUGCCUGUGGAGACUUCGCGUUUCCAGAGCAUCAGCUCGGAGUUCCUUGGCCUAAUGAAGAAGGUCACAAAAUCACCCAAGGUGAUGGAUGUUCUUAACAUACCAGCUGUUCAACGAUCUUUAGAACGCUUGGCUGACUUACUCGGCAAAAUCCAAAAAGCCCUGGGUGAAUACUUGGAAAGAGAACGUACAUCCUUCCCCCGCUUUUACUUUGUGGGCGAUGAGGAUCUGUUAGAAAUCAUUGGCAACAGCAAGAAUAUCGCUCGCCUGCAGAAGCAUUUCAAAAAAAUGUUUGCCGGCGUGGCUGCCAUACUCCUUAACGAGGAAAACAAUGUAAUAUUGGGCAUAUCUUCCAGAGAGGGCGAGGAGGUGCAUUUCAUUAACCCGGUUUCCACUGUGGAUCAUCCCAAGAUUAAUGAAUGGCUGUCCCUGGUAGAGAAGCAAAUGCGCUUCACAUUGGCCUCGCUGUUGGCCCAAGCAGUGCAGGAUAUCAAACAGUUCCGUGAUGGUAAAAUCGAUCCUCAGGCCUACAUGGAAUGGUGUGAUAAAUAUCAAGCCCAGAUUGUGGUUCUGGCUGCCCAGAUCCUAUGGUCCGAGGAUGUGGAGGCUGCCCUGCAACAGGCAUCCGAAUCGAAUUCUGGUCAGGGCAAACACAUGCAACGUGUGCUCGGCAAUGUUGAGAGCACUCUGAAUGUUUUGGCGGAUUCAGUGCUGCAGGAGCAGCCUCCAUUGCGGCGUCGCAAGCUGGAGCAUCUGAUCAAUGAGUUUGUGCACAAGCGCACUGUGACCAGACGACUCAUCACUAAUGGAGUGACUUCCCCGAAAUCGUUUCAAUGGCUAUGCGAGAUGCGAUUCUAUUUCGAUCCGCGUCAGACUGAGGUUCUCCAGCAGUUGACCAUUCAUAUGGCCAAUGCCCGUUUCUUCUAUGGCUUUGAGUAUCUGGGAGUUCAGGAUAGGUUGGUGCAAACACCGUUGACAGAUCGCUGCUACCUCACCAUGACCCAGGCCUUGGAAUCGCGUCUUGGAGGUUCACCCUUUGGACCUGCCGGUACAGGAAAAACCGAAUCUGUGAAAGCUCUGGGCAAUCAACUGGGUCGCUUUGUGCUCGUCUUCAACUGCGACGAAACCUUUGACUUCCAGGCCAUGGGACGCAUCUUUGUGGGUCUCUGUCAAGUGGGAGCAUGGGGAUGCUUCGAUGAAUUCAACCGUCUGGAGGAAAGAAUGUUGUCGGCUUGUUCACAGCAAAUCCAGACUAUCCAGGAAGCCCUCAAAUACGAAAUGGAUAGCAACAAGGAGAGCAUAACCGUCGAGUUGGUUGGCAAGCAAGUGCGUGUCUCGCCCGACAUGGCAAUCUUCAUCACAAUGAAUCCUGGCUAUGCUGGACGUUCCAAUUUACCCGAUAAUCUGAAGAAACUAUUCCGUUCAUUGGCCAUGACUACACCCGAUCGACAGCUUAUUGCCGAAGUCAUGCUUUUCUCCCAGGGCUUCCGCUCGGCCGAGAAAUUGGCCUGUAAGAUUGUUCCCUUCUUCAAGCUGUGCGAUGAGCAGCUUUCCAACCAGAGCCAUUACGAUUUUGGUUUGCGUGCCUUGAAAUCGGUGCUGAUCUCGGCGGGCAAUGUGAAACGUGAUCGCAUCAUGAAGAUCAAGGAGCAGAUGCGUCAACGUGGCGAUGAGAAUAUCGAUGAGGCUUCAGUGGCUGAAAAUCUACCCGAGCAAGAGAUUCUUAUACAGUCAGUGUGUGAGACAAUGGUGCCUAAACUGGUGGCGGAGGAUAUUCCUCUGCUCUUCUCUCUAUUAAGCGAUGUCUUCCCCAAUGUGGGAUAUACUAGAGCGGAAAUGAAGGGUCUGAAGGAGGAGAUACGCAAAGUAUGCCAGGAGGACUAUCUGGUAUGCGGCGAAGGCGACGAACAAGGAGCUGCCUGGAUGGAAAAGGGACUCGGCUCCACCUGGGUGGACAAAGUCUUGCAACUGUAUCAAAUAUCGAACCUUAAUCAUGGUCUAAUGAUGGUUGGUCCGUCUGGAUCGGGUAAAUCAACCGCUUGGCGCACACUGCUCAAGGCCUUGGAACGCUUUGAGGGUGUCGAAGGGGUGGCCCAUGUCAUCGAUCCCAAAGCCAUCUCUAAGGAGGCUCUCUACGGUGUCCUUGAUCCCAACACUCGCGAAUGGACCGACGGUCUGUUCACCCACAUUCUGCGUAAAAUCAUUGACAAUGUUCGCGGUGAGAUUAACAAGCGUCAAUGGAUCAUUUUCGAUGGCGAUGUCGAUCCCGAGUGGGUGGAAAAUCUCAACUCAGUGUUGGAUGACAACAAGCUGUUGACUUUGCCGAAUGGCGAACGUCUGUCAUUGCCUCCUAAUGUCAGGGUGAUGUUCGAAGUACAGGACUUAAAGUUUGCCACUUUGGCCACAGUUUCCCGUUGCGGCAUGGUGUGGUUCUCUGAAGAUGUAUUGUCCACAGAAAUGAUAUUUGAGAACUACUUGUCGCGGCUACGUAGCAUUCCAUUGGAGGAUGGCGACGAGGACUUUGUGGGCGUCAUUAAACCGACAAAGGACAAGGAGGAAGAAGUAUCACCCUCGCUUCAGGUGCAACGGGAUAUUGCUCUUUUGUUGCAGCCCUUCUUCUCCGCCGAUGGUAUUGUAGUUCGCACUCUGGAGUAUGCCAUGGAUCAGGAGCACAUUAUGGACUUUACGCGCUUGCGUGCGCUAAGCUCACUCUUUUCAAUGCUCAAUCAAUCGGCCCGCAACGUACUGAACUUUAAUUCGCAACAUCCCGAUUUCCCCUGCUCGGCGGAUCAAUUGGAGCACUACAUACCCAAGGCUUUGGUCUACUCGGUGCUGUGGUCGUUUGCCGGCGAUGCCAAGUUGAAGGUCCGCACAGACUUGGGUGAUUUUGUGAGAAGUGUGACCACCAUUCCCCUGCCUGGAGCAGCUGGAGCGCCCAUUAUUGAUUAUGAGGUCAGCAUGAAUGGUGAAUGGGUCCCAUGGAGCAAUAAAGUUCCUGUCAUCGAGGUGGAGACUCAUAAAGUGGCCUCACCUGACAUUGUGGUGCCCACUUUGGAUACGGUCCGUCAUGAGUCUCUUCUGUACACGUGGCUGGCCGAGCACAAACCAUUGGUGCUCUGUGGUCCUCCUGGAUCUGGCAAGACCAUGACUUUAUUCUCAGCCCUUCGCGCUUUGCCUGACAUGGAAGUGGUGGGUCUAAAUUUCUCUUCGGCCACCACACCGGAGCUAUUGCUGAAGACUUUCGAUCAUUAUUGCGAGUACCGCAAGACUCCCAAUGGCGUGGUCCUCUCACCUGUCCAGAUUGGCAAGUGGCUGGUCCUCUUCUGCGAUGAAAUUAAUUUGCCCGAUAUGGAUAGCUAUGGCACGCAGCGAGUUAUCUCCUUCCUACGUCAGUUGGUUGAGCACAAAGGCUUCUAUCGUGCAAGCGAUCAAGCUUGGGUUUCGCUCGAACGUAUUCAGUUUGUGGGAGCUUGUAAUCCUCCCACAGAUCCUGGUCGCAAGCCUCUGUCUCACCGUUUUCUGCGUCACGUGCCGAUCAUUUACGUAGAUUAUCCAGGAGAGACAUCGCUCAAACAGAUUUAUGGCACCUUCUCGCGUGCCAUGCUGCGUCUAAUGCCAACUCUGCGUGGCUAUGCUGAACCCUUGACCAAUGCCAUGGUGGAGUUCUAUUUGGCGUCUCAGGAUCGUUUUACUCAGGAUAUGCAGCCGCAUUAUGUAUAUUCGCCGCGUGAGAUGACCCGUUGGGUGCGAGGUAUAUGCGAGGCCAUUAGGCCGUUGGAUUCCCUGCCUGUAGAAGGUCUGGUCCGCUUGUGGGCCCAUGAGGCCCUGCGUCUGUUCCAGGAUCGUUUGGUAGACGAUUCGGAGCGUCGGUGGACGAAUGAAAACAUUGACUUGGUGGGCCAAAAGCACUUCCCCGGAAUUAACCAAGAGGAGGCGCUCCAGCGUCCAAUAUUGUACAGCAAUUGGUUAUCCAAGGAUUACAUGCCUGUGAAUCGUGAAGAACUCAGAGACUAUGUGCGGGCACGACUAAAGGUGUUUUAUGAAGAGGAACUGGACGUUCCUCUCGUUCUAUUCGACGAAGUUUUGGAUCAUGUGCUACGCAUCGACCGAAUCUUCCGUCAGCCUCAGGGUCAUUUACUGCUCAUCGGUGUCUCUGGCGCUGGCAAGACCACCCUGUCCCGAUUUGUGGCCUGGAUGAAUGGCUUAUCCAUUUUCCAGAUUAAGGUCCAUAAUAAAUACACAAGCGAGGACUUUGAUGAGGACUUGCGUUGUGUGCUCAGGCGCUCUGGCUGCAAGGAUGAGAAGAUAGCCUUUAUUCUGGACGAAUCGAAUGUAUUGGACUCGGGUUUCUUGGAGCGCAUGAAUACUCUGUUGGCCAAUGGAGAAGUUCCCGGCCUGUUCGAGGGCGAUGAAUACACCACUCUGAUGACUCAAUGCAAGGAGGGAGCCCAACGCGAGGGUCUUAUGCUGGACUCUAGCGAUGAACUGUACAAGUGGUUCACCCAGCAGGUGAUGCGUAACCUUCAUGUGGUCUUCACCAUGAAUCCAUCAACCGAUGGACUCAAGGAUCGAGCUGCCACUUCACCAGCUCUGUUCAAUCGAUGUGUCCUGAACUGGUUUGGCGAUUGGUCGGACUCCGCCCUCUUCCAAGUGGGCAAGGAGUUCACCACACGUGUGGACCUGGAGAAACCCAACUGGUCGUCACCUGACUUCUUCCCUUCAGUGUGUCCGUUGGUGCCUGCCAAUCCCACACAUCGCGAUGCUGUCAUCAACUCUUGCGUAUACGUGCAUCAGACCCUUCACCAGGCCAAUGCACGUCUAGCCAAGCGUGGAGGACGCACAAUGGCAGUGACUCCGCGUCAUUACUUGGACUUUAUUCAUCAUUUUGUCAAGCUUUACAAUGAGAAGCGCAGUGAUCUGGAAGAGCAGCAACUUCAUCUCAAUGUGGGUCUCAAUAAAAUCGCUGAAACUGUGGAACAAGUAGAAGAAAUGCAGAAAUCGCUGGCAGUCAAGAAGCAAGAACUCCAGGCUAAGAACGAAGCGGCAAAUGCCAAGUUGAAGCAAAUGUUCCAGGACCAACAGGAGGCGGAAAAGAAGAAAAUUCAAUCCCAAGAGAUACAAAUCCGUCUGGCCGAUCAAACAGUGAAAAUCGAGGAGAAACGCAAAUACGUAAUGGCUGAUCUGGCCCAAGUGGAACCAGCUGUCAUUGAGGCGCAACAAGCCGUCAAAUCGAUACGCAAACAACAGCUCGUUGAGGUGAGGACCAUGGCUAAUCCACCGUCGGUGGUUAAAUUGGCCUUGGAAUCGAUCUGUUUGCUGCUGGGUGAAAAUGCCACCGAUUGGAAAUCGAUACGCGCUGUGAUAAUGCGUGAAAAUUUCAUAAACUCAAUUGUAUCUAACUUUGGUACCGAGCAUAUAACUGAUGAAGUGCGUGAGAAGAUGAAGUCAAAGUACCUCAGCAAUCCGGACUACAACUUUGAAAAGGUUAAUCGGGCCAGUAUGGCCUGCGGACCCAUGGUUAAAUGGGCCAUUGCUCAGAUCGAAUACGCCGAUAUGUUGAAACGUGUGGAGCCUCUGCGCGAAGAGUUGCGUUCACUAGAGGAACAAGCUGAUGUGAAUCUGCAUAGCGCCAAGGAGACAAAGGAUUUGGUCGAGCAACUGGAGCGCAGCAUUGCUGCCUACAAGGAGGAAUAUGCCCAGCUCAUCUCUCAGGCGCAAGCAAUUAAAACCGAUCUGGAGAAUGUCCAGGCCAAGGUGGAUCGAUCGAUAGCCCUGCUCAAGAGUCUGAAUAUUGAACGCGAACGUUGGGAGUCGACCAGCGAGACAUUCAAGAGUCAAAUGUCCACAAUUGUGGGCGAUGUGCUCCUCUCGGCCGCCUUUAUUGCCUAUGGCGGAUACUUUGAUCAGCAUUACCGGUUGAAUCUAUUCACCACUUGGUCACAGCACCUGCAAUCGGCCAGCAUCCAGUAUCGUGCGGAUAUAGCCCGUACAGAGUAUCUGUCUAAUCCGGACGAGCGACUUCGUUGGCAGGCCAAUGCCUUGCCGACAGAUGAUUUGUGCACAGAGAAUGCCAUCAUGUUGAAGCGCUUCAAUCGUUAUCCUUUGAUUAUCGAUCCCUCGGGUCAGGCCACCACAUUCCUGCUCAACGAAUAUGCCGGCAAGAAGAUCACCAAGACGUCGUUCCUCGACGACUCGUUCCGCAAGAAUUUGGAGUCGGCUCUUCGGUUCGGCAAUCCUCUCCUGGUCCAGGAUGUCGAGAACUAUGACCCGAUAUUGAAUCCUGUCCUAAAUCGCGAGCUGAGACGCACAGGCGGAAGAGUAUUGAUCACACUGGGCGAUCAGGACAUUGAUCUCUCGCCCUCGUUUGUUAUAUUCCUAUCCACACGGGAUCCCACCGUGGAAUUCCCCCCAGAUAUUUGCUCUCGAGUAACAUUUGUGAACUUCACAGUGACGCGCAGUUCGCUGCAAUCGCAGUGUCUGAAUCAAGUCCUGAAGGCUGAACGUCCAGAUAUAGAUGAGAAGCGUUCGGAUUUGUUGAAACUGCAAGGAGAGUUCCGCCUGCGUCUGCGUCAGUUGGAGAAGAGUCUCCUGCAGGCUUUGAACGAUGCCAAGGGCAAGAUUCUCGACGAUGAUUCGGUAAUAACAACCCUGGAGACCCUGAAGAAGGAGGCAUACGACAUUAACCAGAAGGUGGAUGAGACCGACAAGGUCAUUGCUGAAAUUGAGACUGUCUCGCAGCAAUAUCUACCAUUGUCAGUGGCUUGCAGCAACAUCUACUUCACCAUGGACAGUCUGAACCAGGUGCAUUUCCUCUAUCAGUACUCACUGAAGAUGUUCCUCGAUAUUUUCUCUACGGUGCUGUAUAAUAAUACCAAAUUGGAUGGCAAAACGGAUCAUUCCGAACGUCUAGGCAUUGUCACAAAGGAUCUGUUCCAGGUGUGCUAUGAGCGUGUGGCUAGAGGAAUGCUCCACAAUGAUCGCCUAACCUUUGCCCUCCUCAUGUGUAAGAUCCACUUGAAGGGCACCUCGGAGAGCAACUUGGAUACGGAAUUCAACUUCUUCCUGCGAAGUCGCGAGGGCUUGCUGGCCAAUCCCACUCAGGUGGAUGGCUUGAGUGGCGAACAAGUUGAAGGAGUCAAUCGACUGGCAUCACGUUUGCCCAUAUUCCGCAAGCUUCUGGAGAAGGUCAAAUCCAUUCCGGAGCUGGGAGCCUGGCUUCAACAGAGCUCACCAGAACAAGUGGUUCCCCAAUUGUGGGAUGAGUCGAAGGCUCUAUCGCCGAUAGCCAGUUCGGUGCAUCAGUUGCUAUUGAUACAGGCCUUCCGCCCAGAUCGUGUAAUUGCAGCAGCCCACAAUGUGGUAAAUACCGUCUUGGGAGAGGAUUUCAUGCCCAAUGCCGAGCAGGAAUUGGACUUCUCCUCCGUGGUAGAUAAGCAAUUGAAUUGUAAUACCCCAGCACUCCUCUGCUCGGUUCCUGGAUUUGAUGCCUCUGGCCGUGUGGACGAUUUGGCUGCCGAGCAGAAUAAACAAAUCUCCAGCAUAGCCAUAGGAUCUGCAGAAGGAUUCAACCAAGCAGAACGGGCCAUAAACAUGGCCUGCAAAACGGGACGUUGGGUUCUGCUUAAGAAUGUGCAUUUGGCACCUCAGUGGUUGGUGCAAUUGGAAAAGAAGAUGCACUCAUUGCAGCCACAUUCCGGGUUCCGUCUCUUCCUUACCAUGGAGAUCAAUCCCAAGGUUCCUGUCAAUCUGUUGCGCGCUGGACGCAUCUUUGUGUUUGAGCCACCACCGGGUAUCAGGGCCAAUCUGCUGCGCACUUUCUCCACGGUUCCAGCAGCUCGCAUGAUGAAGACUCCCAGCGAGCGGGCUCGCCUCUAUUUCCUCCUGGCUUGGUUCCACGCCAUAGUCCAGGAGCGUCUGCGCUACGUUCCGUUGGGAUGGGCCAAGAAGUACGAGUUCAAUGAAUCCGAUUUGCGAGUGGCCUGCGACACCCUGGACACUUGGAUAGACACCACAGCAAUGGGACGUACUAAUCUGCCGCCAGAAAAGGUGCCAUGGGAUGCCUUGGUCACACUGUUGUCGCAAUCCAUUUAUGGUGGUAAGAUCGAUAACGAUUUCGACCAGCGUCUGCUCACCUCCUUCCUCAAGAAACUGUUCACGGCCCGCAGUUUUGAGGCUGAUUUUGCUCUGGUAGCCAAUGUGGAUGGAUCUUCUGGUGGCCUGCGUCACAUAACGAUGCCCGAUGGGACUCGUCGUGACCAUUUCUUGAAAUGGAUUGAGAACCUAACCGAUAGGCAGACUCCAUCCUGGUUGGGGCUACCCAAUAAUGCCGAAAAGGUGUUGCUUACCACGCGGGGCACCGAUUUGGUCAGCAAGUUGCUCAAGAUGCAGCAGCUAGAGGAUGAUGAUGAAUUGGCCUACAGUGUGGAGGAUCAGUCGGAGCAAUCCUCUAUUCCUCGUAGCGAGGAUGGUCGGCCAUCCUGGAUGAAGACACUACACAAUUCGGCCACUUCGUGGCUGCAACUGCUGCCCAAGCAAUUGCAGGUCCUCAAACGCACCGUGGAGAACAUCAAGGAUCCUCUGUAUCGGUACUUUGAGCGCGAGGUGACCAGUGGUUCCCGCCUGCUGCAAACAGUCAUUUUGGAUCUGCAGGAUGUGGUUCUAAUCUGUCAGGGUGAGAAGAAGCAGACCAACCACCAUCGCUCCAUGUUGUCCGAAUUGGUUCGCGGCAUCAUACCUAAGGGCUGGAAGCGCUACACUGUGCCCAUUGGCUGCACUGUCAUCCAAUGGAUCACCGACUUUAGCAACCGUGUCCAGCAAUUGCAGAAGGUCUCGCAACUGGUCUCCCAGGCUGGCGCCAAGGAGCUGCAAGGCUUUCCCGUCUGGCUGGGUGGUCUACUCAAUCCGGAGGCCUACAUUACAGCCACGAGGCAGUGCGUUGCCCAGGCCAAUAGCUGGUCAUUGGAGGAAUUGGCUCUGGAUGUGACCAUCACCGAUGCCGGCUUAAAGACCGACCAAAAAGAUUGCUGCUUUGGCGUUACUGGCCUCAAGCUGCAGGGUGCCCAGUGCAAAAACAAUGAGCUGUUGCUAGCCUCCACUAUUAUGAUGGAUCUGCCUGUGACCAUUCUGAAAUGGGUCAAGCAUUCGUCGCCGGAGACACGUCUCAGCAAACUGACUUUGCCGGUUUACUUGAACUCCACCCGAACGGAGCUGCUCUUCACAGUCGAUUUGGCCGUGGCUGCUGGUCAGGACUCGCACAGUUUCUAUGAGCGCGGCGUGGCCGUGCUGACAUCAACAGCUCUAAAUUAAAUUUAAAUUCCCUGCCCCCCACCCCAAAGUAAUCCCGCAUAAGCUUAUUUAUCUAACCCCCUAUCAAAUGAAUAUAUAAUUUAUCCCAACCCAA